AUGUUCCUCUUUCAGUUCAAGUUUUUUCUAUUAGUCCUACUCUUAACCCUUUCGGAUUUCUGUUUUCGAAGUGCUGAUUGUCUUGAAAUCUCACACAGAAACCUUGUUGAAGACUCUUGCCCAUUAAAUAUCAACGUCAUUCGUGAGCUAGUCAGCGCAGCUCAUCCAAAACGUUCAUUUAUCGCUGUGCCUAAACAAUGUCAGUUCGUUCAUGAUGGAAUUCGUUUCAUUCGGUCAGUAUAUCUUCGAACCAACAGAUACUUUGUUCCUCCUGCUGAUACAUUUCAGGCAUGUUGGCAAUCGUACAGGGAGUUGAUUCACGAGGUUUCAGCUGGUCUUGAUAUCCAGUCUGGUUGUGGUUAUCAAGCUGAAUGGAUAUCAAAGGGCUGCAUGAAUAUUACAUCUCUGGCUCAGUUUGAGAGCAAAUUUCCCACGUCUAAGUUGCAAGAGAUGAAGCUUUAUUGUAAACAAUCCCUGGAUGAUGACCUUGUUUGUAAUUAUUGUACCAAGAAAUUGUUAAGUCUUGGGAAUCAGUAUCUUCAUGGUCCUCGACCUGAGAAUGCCUCAGAUUGUCCAGGUUAUUUGUUCAUGUAUACAGCUGCAGUUAUUAAUCAGUUUGGACCGACUGAUCCCGGAACUGCAGAAUGCUUGUUCGGGCUGAAGUAUUCAAUGAAGUCCACCGCCUACAGGUAUCACAGUGCUGUAAUUGCUGGCAUUGUUGUGGGUUCCAUGUUUGGAGUCGUGGGAGGCUUCAUCGCAGUUUGGUUACGCCGGACGCGACACGGGAGAAGUGAGAAGGAAAAGGUUAGUCCUGAGGAUGGCGAGCUUAGUUUGGAUCUUGGGUUUGGAUUGCAUAGUAGAGGCACUAAUUUGGUCAAAUUCAGAAUUGAGGAAAUUAGAAAGGCAACAGUGAAUUUCUCUACACAUAAUAUUAUUGGAGGGGGGGGUUAUGGGAAUGUUUACAAAGGGAUGUUAUCAGAUGGGUCUGAAGUCGCCUUCAAGAGGUUCAAGAACUGUUCUGCUAGCGGUGCUGCAACUUUUGCACAUGAAGUGGAAAUCAUAGCCAGUGUAAGGCAUGUCAAUCUUGUUUCUAUAAGAGGCUACUGCACCACAGCAGUUCCUCCAGAAGCUCCCCAAAGGAUCAUCGUGUGCGAUUUGAUGCGUAAUGGAAGUCUCUACAACCAUCUUUUCGAAUCAGGAAAAACAAAACUUAGCUGGCCGAUUCGUCAAAAGAUCGCCCUUGGAACCGCAAGGGGGUUGGCUUAUUUACACUAUGGGGUGCAUCCAGCAGUAAUCCAUAGGGAUAUUAAAGCUAGUAAUAUACUUUUGGAUGACAAUUUUGAGCCUAAAGUUGCAGAUUUUGGCCUUGCAAGGUUCAAUUCACAGGGAAUGACACAUUUUAGCACCGGGGUUGCCGGGACUCUCGGUUAUGUUGCCCCGGAGUAUGCCUUGUAUGGGCAGUUAACCGAAAGAAGCGAUGCCUUCAGCUUUGGUGUUGUGCUUGUUGAGCUUCUGAGUGGAAAAAAGGCUUAUGAAAUCAAUGAAGGAAAUGUUUCUCUGUUGACAGACUGGGCGUGGUCACUAGCAAGGGAAGGGAGAGGAUUGGAUAUUAUUGAAGAAAACCUGCCUGAAAUGGGAUCACCGGAGGUGAUGGAGCAGUAUGUGCACAUUGCUCUUACUUGUGCUCAUCCAGUGUUACAUGCUAGGCCACCAUUUGAUCAGAUUGUGAAUAUGUUGGAAACCAACAUGCCUGUUCCCUCGUCUCUUGAAGCAUACAUCGCUACCUCCAAUUUGGAAAUUUGCAGUAUCAGCUCAAGUUAUAACUUUACUUCGUCCAUCGGAAGUGAUGAGAACCAAUUCAGACAAUUUGGAUGACAGGAAAUUAUUGCUUUUGUGUAUCUUGUAUG